AUGACAUCACAUAUUAGUUACAAUAAAAUCAGAGAAAACAGGAACAUAAGAAAGGUACUGAAGGUUUUUAAUUUUUGUUCAUUAAAUAGAUUCUCAUGGUACAGAGAAGAUAUGAGAUUACAUAAUGUGAUAUAUAGAAAGAAUUAUGAAUAUAUUUAUUAUAAUUGUAUUAUAAGAAAAUAUAGUAGAAAUUAUAUUUCUACACGUAAUAAUAUAUAUAUAAAAAAUAAAAUAUAUGAUAUAAUACCAUAUUUAUGUAAAGGUAAAGAUGUAAAAAAUAUAACAAGUAAUAUAAUAUUUUAUAUUUUACAACAUUUAAGUACAAAAAAUGUUGUUAAUAGUAAUGAAUAUAAGGAUAAUAUAAAAAAAAUAUAUUUUAAUUUAUUGAAAUGUUAUCAUAAAAUUUUUGAAUAUAAUAAUGAAUAUGGAGAAUAUAUAUUUAGUCUGUUUAAUGAUGAUAUAAUUAUAUCUGUUAGUCCGUCUUUAAGAAAAAAACAAAAAAAUAUUAUACAAGAUAUAUUAUUGAAUAGCUUACAUUUCUUUUUCCAAAAUAAUAUAACAUAUAAAAAUAAAUUAAAUAUAAAUUUGAUGUGUGAAAUAAUUAAUUAUCCAAAGUUUCUGUAUGUAUUACAUUCUAUUAAUUAUGAUAUGAAUAUAUUAAAACAAAAUAUAAGUGUACAAAAUGUAGAUUAUUUAUUUUCUAAGUAUAUUAAUAAAACAAAUAUAUAUAUUACUACAGCAAUUCAAUUCGCUUCAUUUUUUAAAAAUGACAACAUGAAUAUUUUCACACCAUUUAAGCAACACGCCACAUUUAAUUAUUUCUUAUUAUUAGAACAUAUAGUUAAUAAGCAGUUGAAAAAUACUCUCUUUUUAUUAUUAAACGAUAUUGAGUGUAAUCGGUUAAAGCAGGAAAUGCUUUUGUACCUGCUAUCUUCGGAUGAUAUUACAGGUAUGUGCUUAAACGAAUGGAGUCAUUUAGCAGCAAAGCAAUAUUUACUUAUGAACAAGUAUGAAAAUAAUCUUAAGGAAAAUAUAACUGAUGAAGAAAUAAAUGUUAAUAUUUUGAAAAGAUCAAUUGAUUAUGUUAAGGAUUACGUUGAUGAUAACGAUUUAUAUAUGGAAUAUUUUAAUUUACCUGAACACGUUAAAAAUGUGAAGUACAUAAAAUGUGUUGAUGAUUUUAAUAAUAUGAUUAUAACGAUAAAAGAGGAGCUAAAGAAUCAUUGGAAAAAUAAUAUAUACAAUAAAAAGAAUAUGGUUAAUUAUAAAAAUGAUGAUGAUUAUAAUGAUAAUAUAUUAACAUACGAAUAUAUUAAUGAUAGACUGAGAAAAGAAAAAAAAAGAUAUUAUAUAGGUAUAGAUAUCGAAUGGGAUAGUUAUAAAAAAAAAAAAAAUACUGUUAGUGUUUUAUCUAUUUCAACAAAUAAUAAAAUAUAUAUAAUAGAUUUAUAUUUUAUUGAUUAUAAUUAUAAAUUUAUAAUAUAUAAGUUUUUUAAAUGGUUAUUAGAAAAUCCGUUUAUAUAUAAAUUGUUUUUUAAUUUUCCUUCGGAUAUGAAAAUAAUGUCUUCAUAUUUUCAAAACAUAUCACAUUUAAAUAUAUACAACAAUAUUAUAGAUUUAAAUAAUAAUAUAUAUAUAUAUUCAGGAAAAGAGGAAGUAACACCUUCUUAUAAGAAUUAUAAUAUUUUAUAUUUUGAAACAUUGAAUAGAGAUAUGAUUCAAUCAAAUGAUGUACAUUUAUUCAAAGAAUUAGUACAUUCUACACCUUAUAAUUUUCAUAAGAAGUUAAUGAAUAAAAUAAAAACCAAUAAUAAUAAUAUUAAUAUAACAAACAAACAAAUGUUCAAAUUAAAUGUUAAAAGUUUAAAUGAUUUAUGUAUAAAGAUAUUAAAUAAAAAAUUAAAUAAAAAAUUUCAGUUAGCUAACUGGAAUAUAAGACCACUUAACCAAGAACAAAUAAUAUAUGCAUGUAUUGAUUCAUAUGUUUUAAUAAAGAUAGAAGAAAUGUUGAUAGAAAAAGGUUAUAUGUCUACAUGUGACUCUAACAACAAUCAAAUGAUGAAUUUAUUUGUUCAAAAAUAUAAGUUCAAAGAUAGUACAUGGGAAUGA